AUGAAAAUUGUCGCAUUGCUCCUGAUCAUUUCCGGCACUACAGCCUUUGAUCACCCAUCUCACACUCUUGAUCCAGCAAUUCCAACUGUUGCACCUCACACCACAGACUCUUCUGCUGAUUCUUGUGCCGGACAAUGCGCAUUUCAGUUCAUGGACAAUAUCAGAUCCCAAAUCGGACAAGAUCGGGCUUCCUCUCUAAUGCAAUUGAAUUUCAAUGACUUUUUGACUUCUUUCUCAAACACUACAUUCUUCGAGAAGUUCUGCAAAAUCUACCAUAACUUCCAAAACUGUGCCUCAAAAUGCACUCCAGGCUUUCUCCAUCAACUUCUGAUGCGCAGCUCUGAAAUCAUCGAUCACUACUGUGUCUAUAAUUUCGACGCCAUCCGUGAGAAGUUCCCUUGUCUUAUCAAAAUGCGUCCAAACAAGGAAUGUGUGAAGACGUGCACUCCACACCACGACGCCGUCUCUUCGAUGACCGAAAACUUUAAGAAUCUCGUUUUGAGUGGAGACACAACUCGCGCUGAGCAAUAUCUAGCUCAAGGAUGUGAAUAUAUCACUUGCACUCUCCACUGUGACAUUCCAACCAUUGCUCAUGAAUGUGAUUCGGAAACUGCUCAACUGGUUAUUGAUCUGACACGCCGAUCGUUCGCCAGCAUGGAGAAAAUGGCUCUGGAUACGAAUGCAGUUGCCAAGUGGCCACAAGUUUGUGCUGAUGUGAAGACGUACAGAAUGCCAACUCCAUCGUCCCCACCCAAAGGAAACGAUGUUGUAGCACAGAGCAAUCAGGUGUCUGAUCAUCCAGCUAAUCCUAAAUUGGUUCAAGCUCCUCUUGUCAGAUCUUCUUCGAUUCUUUCGAUCCUUAUUGCGGCAUUCCUUCCAGUCGUUCUCCUUUUCUAA